AUGCAAUUCAAGUCCAUUAUCCUCUCUGCUUUCCUCGGCUUCGGCCUCGUCGCCGCGGACGAGACUGAGAUCCCGGGUUUGGUAGCCCAGCUGCCCAGCUGCGGUAUGCAGUGCCUCCUUACUGCAGUAUCCGCGACUUCUUGCGGGAUCACGGAUUAUGAGUGCCAAUGUGCCAACACGGCUGUGAUAACCUCUGCCGUCGACCCUUGCCUCAAGACGAACUGCGAUGCCGAUGAGGUCACAAAGGUUCAGAGCAUAUCUGCCCAGAUCUGCCAGGCUCUUGGGGCUUCUACCAGCGCUACGGGCUCGACUGGCGUCCUCACCACCGCUCCCACCUCUACCACCGGCUCUUCAGGCAGCUCGACCUCAAGCACCGGCACUGCUUCUGCCGCGACCGUGAGCCCCAACGCUGCUGGAAAGAUUGGCGCUCUCCCCUGGAUGGGUACGGCGGCCCUGCUUGGUGCUUUCGCACUAUGA